UGAGGGCAGCUUUCCUCUGACUCCGAUGGCUGCGUUUGGCAAAGUUUUCAGGCGCUGGAAGAAGAAAGCAUAGCUGGAAUUGUUUCUCGUCGCUCUACCGUUUUACGCAGUCCAGCGCGGGCCAAACAGCUACUGGAUAUUUUUAUAGACAUUCUAGAGGAUCACUGCAUACAACAUGAGGUGAAGCCGAGCAAGUUUUGCCUCAGAAAUUUUACAUUUUCUUUUCGUCUGACUCUGAGGUAAAAGUCGUCCAACAACAAAGAUGGCGGCGGGGACUCCUGGAUUGUUGUUGCCGCAUGCUGCAGUGUUUAUGGUUCUUUUGUGGACGACUCUUGGUGACCCAGGCUUGGAUUCUCCGGUAGCAGGCGACGGGGAAAGAAGCCUAGACAAACGGGAUAUAAGCGGGGACCACCGGGACGGUACAGGCGGGGAUUUGCCGUUCGAUUUGGGGAGUCUUUUCGGGAGAAUGGCCCCCGCGAGAGACGAGAUGGAGGUUACUGUAGAAGUGGCUGCCCGUGCGUUAGCAGAAACACUUCACACGCUUGGCGACGAAAAAGUCGGAAUUUUACCCAUGCAGAAAAUCUACGACUCUUUGUCAUACUCAGUAAAAUCAUCAAAUGAACAACAGACAAUACAACAGUUGGCGAGAAAUCUCAGGGACAAGUUGAAUAAUUACGUGGGAGCCUUGGACAAGUUGAGACGAAACGUGAGGAACCUGUACAGGACACAUCUCCGCCACAUACUCACACAUAGGAACGACUGCUGUUACCUGGACAGUACACUCCUACAGUUUGACAGUACGUUCCAGACCAAUAUCUCCAGAAGUCUGAGUUGUGACAGAAUAGCCACUGGAACACCCUCCAGAAUGUUUAACCCUGGCAGAAAUCUUACCAGAGUGUUUAUAGAGAACCUGAACGAUUCCCCCUUCCUAAAGUGGCAGUACUUCAGUUCGGAGGAUGGCAUCUUUAAUGUGUUCCCGGCGCACAGGUUCAGCGCCAGACACAGGCACCGUGACUACAGAUGUGAGGAGGGCUUCGAGCACAGAAACAGACCUUUGUACUCGGCAACAGUGAGGCCCAGCCCUAAGUAUGUAGUGAUUAUAGUGGACAGGGGUGUGGCAUUGAGUGAGGACAAGUUACGUAUUGCUAAACAGGCAGCCCAGAUGGUCAUCUCAACACUCAUGGAACAAGACAAGGUUGCAGUACUGAGCCUGUCUGGAAAGGUGAAGACGUCCUCAGAAGACGAGUGUUUCCGCCGUCUCCUGGCGCCCGCCUCACAACAAGUCAAACAGAAACUCAACAGAUUUAUCGACAACAUCAAACUCGGCAAAGGAACAACAGACCAUGCACUGGGGUUCCAGGAAGCCUUCAAUAUCAUCAGUAAUACUUUCCAAGCUGACAACGUUGGCCCCAACACAGAGGCCUUGAUUUUGUACAUGGGGUCGGGUAAUGUAUCUGAUGAGGAACAAGAGGUAACAAACAUCAUGAGCACGCUGGGCAGGGAGAACAGCAAAAUAAACAACAGGGCCAUCAUCAUGACAUAUGCUCUUGUGGACGAUGGUAAAACCAGCUUGAGUGAGUUGGGUUUUCUGAGGGACCUGGCUAACCAAGACUACCAGAAGUAUGGUGUAGCAUCGAAAAACCCCAGGCCUGUGAAGAGUGGGACCAUGACAGUACUGAACUCCCUGAGUAACCUGGGCUCUACCGUGGGACGUUUCUACACCAUCCUGAGCGCCAACGUCACCUCACAAACUCACUUCUCACUGCCUUACAUGGACAGGAUGGGCGAGGGACUGAUACUUAGUAUCACCCAGCCUGUCUACUACACCAAGGGGGACAGCGACCACCUUCUCCUCGGCAUUGUGGGUAUCGACCUGAGCAUGGCAGAUUUGAUGGAGGAUAUGACAUACUAUGAGGAGGGACAGUCAACCUAUGCCUUCGUCAUUGAUAAAAAUGGCUAUACCCUGAUGCACCCUACCCUACAGAGGCCCAGUUUAGUAAAGGAACAGCCUCUCCACACAGAUAUCUCACACUUCGAACAAGUGCCUGGCUUCCAUUCUGUACAACAAGCCAUGCUCAGUGGCAAUGCUGGCAGUAAGAGUCUGACAGCUGUCUACAACACCAGCGUGGUAGGGCGGCCUGGUCGAACUAUGAACAACGGACUGCACCUCUACAAUAUCACUUACACCUGGGCACCUGUGGAAGGUACACCAUUCAUCAUUGCAACUGCAGUAUUACAGGAGGAUAUGGAGAGAAGACAGCUCAUGAGCACAAACUCACCUGCGGGCCACAUUCUUCUGUAUCAUCGCCUAGACCUCCCACAGAAAGCCUCCACAUGCAUGCACCUGAAACAGCUGGCAACACUCGAAACUGCUGCCCUGAUGCUGUCUCCCGGCAGUUUCCAGGCCCCCUAUGAACACCUGCACCAGCCUGAGACCCUGAGGAUGGUCCAGCAUCUCACCAUGUACCUUACUGAUAACACAGGGCUACUGGCUAACCCUGGAGUCAAGUCCACUAUCAAGGAUGAUGUGGCCGCUACCAGCCGCAUCAGUCGGCACUGGACAUCUCAGGAAGACAGCAGUGUGGAAGACUACAUUGUCAGGAGGUAUACAGCUACUCCCAGUGGUGUCUACAGAAUGUAUCCUGGAGCUGUUAUGGACAAGUCUUUUGAUGCCACUAGGACUCAAUGGUAUACCCAUGCACUGGAGAACCCAGGACGCCUGACACUGUCGGCACCCCAUCUGGAUGCCUUCGGAGCGGGCUAUGUGGUCCCACUCAGCCAAGGAGUCUGGGAAGGAAGGUUGGAUGGAUAUCACCAGUCCACAGACAAGGUUGUAGCUGUCAUUGGUGCAGACUUCACUCUCCGCUACUUCUACAAACUCCUGGUGGACACGCUCUCACUGUGUAAAGAGGACAGUAUCAGGUGUUUUAUUUUUGACGACAAGGGCUACAUGGUGGCACACCCCGGCCUGAUAGAACCCACCAGACAGGGUCCCAUCGAGCAGAGGCACAUCACACACAUGGAACCUCUUGUUGCCAAUGAUAUUCUGAACCAUCGCGGGUUUGUGCAGAAGAACAUGUGCAACAGUUACAAUGACAGGACAAUACAGAGACUCUACCAGUUCAACACCAGUUUCCAGGGUGUCCUGACCAACCUGAUUCAUGGGGAACACUGUGCAAAGUACAGGAUCAUGUUAAUACCUGGCACCAACUCCUUUGUUGGGAUCGUGAACCAGACUUGUGACGUCAUCACUGCCUUCUGUCCAUGCAGUAUGGUUGACCGGCUGUGUCUGAACUGCCACCGUAUGGAGCAGACGGAGUGCGAGUGCCCGUGCGAGUGUCCACUCCAGCUGCAGCAGUGCUCCGGUCAGCUCGCCAAGGACGAGGACCGUAACCCGAGCUGCAGCACGCGCCACGAGCCCAUCGUCCUGCCGCACGUCGACCCCGAGGUCACGGCGGGGGUGCCGCAGUGUUUCAACUCCGACUGCUCCAGUAGGAAAGAGUACAGUGACUGUUUUGGCGUGCUGGACUGUGAGUGGUGCAUGUUAGGACCUGAUGGAGAAACCCCCCUGGAGAAGGAGUACUGUGCCAGUCAGAGGGUGUGCUUCGGAGGGGUGGUGGGCAGCAAGUCACCUUACUUUGAUGAAGUCGCGGCCAACCAGUUCCCCAGGCGCGUGCACAACGCACCCGUGGGCCCGGUCGCAGGCGGCAUCAUGGCGGUCAUCCUGGUCUUCGCGCUCGCCAUCUACUUCUACCGGCACCACGUGCACCGGCUCCAGCGCCAGCAGACCCUACAGAACGCGGAGACAACGAUGCGGAUGUCUCAGCUGGAUGAACGGGACGAAGAACCAGACGACCCACCAGAGAACCAUGGGAUAGGUAGCUUCUUGUUAGAUCACACCAGCUUUUUCCUGGCCACCAUCGAGCGCCGGCCGAGUCACCACGACCGGAGGAACCGUUACUCCCGCAGCACGCGUGGGACGGACAGCGACCACGGCUACAGCACCAUGACCCCCCACGAAGACAGCGAGAACCCUCCCGCGUACUUAGAACCCCUGGUGCUGGAGCCCAUCACCGCGGAUAAAAACUACUCGGAGAGAAUGGACCCACCUCCCCAAACAAUGCUGGGAAACAAAUUACAAGCCCCCGUUCAGGUCCAUAUGGUAGAUACCUGCUGAUAUGGGGGCAGAUAUUCGUAUCCAAAGUCUUUAAUGUUCUUGCCAGUACUAGUUAUAUCCUGAUAUUGAUCGUGGAGAUUCUAUAUUGACGAUGUAUUGUAAACAAUGUAAAUCAUGGUCUCUCACAGCAGUUCUGGUGCCUCCCAUUUGUAGCCGUCUCGAUCCCAUGUUGCAACAUUGUGAGAUGAAGUGCCAAUUUUUGUAUGCAGAAUCUUGGGAACAAAUGCAGCAUCUGAUUCAGCACACUUGUAUCCUAACAAGUGUGAAUGUGUGAAGGGCUCGAAACAUCUACAUGAUAUAUUUGCACCGAUUGUAUUUUAGAAAUGGAACAAUUUUGUCUCUUGUCAAAAUGAAAUUAGAAGUGUAACAUUUUAAAAUGGAUUGUGACAUCAUUGGGCUAUGAUUCUUGUAACCUCCCAUGCUUCUCAAUGUGUAAUUAGGUAUAUCGUUAAGACGUUAGUGUGAACUGUUACAAACUCGAGCAGGGUAGAAACCACUAGUGCCAAACAGACAAUCAGUUUAUCCUGCUGGGUUUUAAAUGUUUUGAGAGUAGAAUCCUUUCAUCUGUAUUUCUUGCUUCUAUCACAAGAAAUUGACAACUAGUUGUUGACGUAAAACAGAAGAAAUAGGAAACGUAUUCACAACCGCGAAAGAUUGUAUAUAUUAUUGUACAUUUGUAUUGGACUAUUGUGCCAUGAGAAAUACUAACAAACCAUAGUUAUGGACUCUUGGUAUUUUACCUCAGAUUUCUCCCAUUUUACAUGUUUGUGCAGAUGCUGUAUAUUUUAUCAGAGGCAAGAAAAAAUUAUGACACUUUUGCAGGAGUCGAAAACAACUUGAAUCGUAACAGCCAUAGGGGAAUGUCAAUAUUAAGAGUGGUAAACGAUCACUGAAAACUUGCCCAUGGCUGAUAUUACUGGUAUUUCAAUGCUAGAAAGGGCACGUUACUAAGUCCACUUUUCGAACUAGCUUUCAGAAGACAGUAUCUGUCUUAUAAGAGUAAUACGAAUGGUUGUAUAGUAUUUAAUCAUAGGAAGACAUAUUUACCUGUUUGAUAUUGGGAUUGAUGAUGUCAUUUUAACUGUCACGCAUUCGAAAUUUUAAAACUGUGGGACUCGAACUGGUCUGAAAGGGGAAAGAACCACUAUAUGCUGUCUAACAUGGCAUGAACUCAGGAGAGGCUUUAUGUUUUAUAACUGCGAGAUAGAUUUCUCAUAUGUACAAUGAUCACCAACUGCCACUGUCAUAGUUCUAUCUAUCUACUGAAGUAAUUCUAUACUGGUUCAAAAAUGUAGGUGUCAGUACUGUACAUAACCUCAUUGGAGAAGUGGUUGCUAUUUUUGUGGAUGUAACAUUUUUACAGUAAAAGUAUGAAAAGUAAUUGUCAAA